GGUCUGUUGGGAGGACCCGGCCCGGGGUCCGGGAGUGUACCUGGCACUGAAGUCCCGAAACCUUGGGAUUUCCCAGUUGACAGAUGCAGUGGCCGGUCAUUCGUGACAGCCCCAGUCAGGAGUCAGUGACCUUGGAGGAUGUGGCUGUGAACUUCACCCAGGAGGAUUGGGCUUUGCUGAAGCCUUCCCAGAAGAAUCUCUACAGAGCUGUGAUGCAGGAGACCUUCUGGAACCUGGCUUCUGUAGGUCAAAAAUGGCAGUACCAGACCAUUGAAGAUGUGUACAAAAAUCUCAACAGAAGUCUAAGAUGUCAAGUGCUAAAGAAAUUCUUUAAACAUAAAGAAAGUAGACAACAUGGAGAAAUGUUCAGCAAGAUUCCAGAUUAUAGAGUGAACAAGAAAAUUUUUAGGGUAAAAUGACAUAAAAGCCACCUGUGUAGAGAAAUGGUCAGUAGUCUUUCAUAAUUUCUGAGAGACAUAAUAACCAUGGACACAGGGUAUCUGAGUAUCAGGACUGUACAGAAGAGGCCCCAUGAAUGUGAAAGAUGUGAUAAAGCUUUUAAGUGGCCCUGUGACCUUCGAAAUCAUGAAAGAACUCACACUGGAAAGAAAUUUUACACACUUGUGCAGUGUGGGAAAACCUUUGCUUGUUCCACCUCCUAUUGAAGAUAUGCACAAAUUCACACUGGAGAAAAACCCUAUAUAUGCCAGCAAUGUGAGAAAUCCUUCUGAUGUUCCAGUUUCCCUGAAAUACAUGAAAUAAUCCACACUGGAGAGAAACCUUUUGUAUGUAAGCAUUGUGCAAAAGCCUUCAUUUGUGCCAGUACUCUUCGAAUACAUGAAAGAAACCAUAAUGGAGAGAAACCUUAUGUGUGUGAGCUAUGUGGGAAAGCUUUCUGAGAGUACGGCAAAAUGCUAAGGCAUGGAAAAACUCAUAAAGAGGACAGACACUGUGCAUGUGAGGAAUGUGAGAGAGUCUUCAAGAGCUAUGGUUACUUGCAAAAGCAUGCAAGGAUUCAUGCUCACCAGAAACCCUACAUACAGAAAGUGGAAGGCCUCUUUAUCUCCCAUCCACCUUAACAUACCUAAGAAUGCCUAGAGGAGGGCCUCCUGUCAAGGUAGAGUGGGAAAGCCUCUAGCAUGUGUGUUCCAUUCACAAGGAUGAAAGAACACAGUAUUGAGAAAAACAUCAUUAGUGGAAGAGAUGUGCAAAAUUCUUUAGUUGGUCCACGUGUAAGCAUGUACACUGGAUCAAAGCCAUGUGAAUGAGAAAAAUACAAGAAAGAUAUCAGUUGUAAUAGUUUCAGUGUCUUGUAAAAAUUCCUUUGUCUUGAAAGCCUAUGAAUGUAAGUAAUAUAAAGGGUAUAAUGCCAUACCUCAUCUGAAGGAAGCCUAAAAGGUACGUUAUUAUUGUGUCCAUCAUUGGCUCUUUUUCAGGGUGGAUGGUGUUUGAUUGAAUCAAAUAAUAAAAUUGUAAUUAUUCUACUGUCAAAAAAAAAGAAUAAAGGGUAAACUCACUUCCAGGGAAUUACUGAUGCACUUAAUCAGGAAAAGGCAGAUUUGUUAUUUUAUGCCACUAGAAGACCAAGUUAGAGAUUACCACUGUACAAUGCAAUGAUCUAUAGAAAUUUAAAAUUGUUAUC